AUGUCGGACGAAGCGACUUCCCCCGACACCAGCGACCCCGAAGACGCACCCCAUUCGCCGACCCAGAUCAACGAAAGAAUGCACCUAGCAGCGCUCGAGCUCGCGGCGCAGCAGCAGCCGCAGCUACCCAAGGCGUUCAACAAAACGCUGCGACUCCCGCGCAACGUCGAGACGCAGAUCCACAUCGUCGCGGGGAUGGGCAUGCCAACCGUGCGGUCUGAGGCGAUUAAGAUGGCGAUGGCGUGGACGGGGAUGGUGUAUAGCGCGAACGGGCUCGAUCGGAUUCUUCGCGCGAUCGGGCUUCGUCCGCUGAUGAUUGUCAAAAUCGAUCCGUUCUCGCACAUCAAGCUCGCUGAACAGAAUCUCCCCUCCACGAACCCCGUCUCAGCUACACCUACUGGUACACCUAUUGGACAAGCCCGAAGCGGUCUAGAAUCAGACAAAAAGUUUCAUAUCGUUCGAACCGAACCAAGCAGCGCAUUCCAGCUCUACAAAGCCGCGCUCGCGCCGAACUUGGAGGCCGCGGCACUCGACCGCAUCGACGUCGAUCCUCUGGACUCGAUGCUUCCGCGCACGGUAGUGCACAUGCUCGAGGGAGCUCUGUGGCGGACUGAGGCGAAUAGCGUCAGGAUCGUAUUUCAGAAAUUGGCAGAGAUCGAGCGAACGGUGUAUUAUUCUACUUUCGCAAACUAUGUGUUGCCGUGCUGA